GGAGUCGUGUUGAGCAAAACUUCACUGUUCGGUCUGUUUUGUUUGUUUUUGGAAAGCCUGAAUGUUAAGAGGUUUCUGUCAGGAUUCCUUCUGAUCUCACUUUUGGAGCUAUCAUUCUUCUUGUUGCCUGGAGGAGGCCGGGUUUAUGUUCUUCUGUAGAAGAGGCGACAAGCAGGAGAUGCAAAAUGUCUUCAUCUGGACUGUCAUGUUUUGUUUGGGCUCUAUCCUUUAUCGUAUUCACCGCUCAUGGCAGGCCGGCAGGGCUCCAUCUGCGUAACAUGGACAGCUUCAUCAAAGCUGUUCAGCAGGUCGAAGACUCAAACCCCGAUUUGCCCCCUCUGGCUCUGGUCAGGGCCCUGCGGAGGACAGCAGGAAACGACGACAUGAUGACCGUCCAUUUUUUGGGUUCCUCCUAUAAUCUGAGCGAUGCUGAGGUGCUAGAGACAGCCAUUCUCAACGCCUCGUCCUUUAGCUUCUUCGACAAGGCCAUCCACCACAUUGUGACAGACCAAGGAGAGGAACGAGGGGUGGUGCUCGCUAAAGACGGCACCACAGUAGCCCUCGCACCUUUACUUCUAGGGAUCGAAUCAGGAUUAAAAGUCAAGAUGGAAGGGGCACCACCUGUCGGGAUCUUCCCUCUCACUUUAGGCCGGACGCUGGGUCUGUCCUUCUUCAGCCUCCAGGACUUCCCGCCAUCCACUCGCAUGGGGCCUAAUGGGUGCUGGGACGACGUGGACCGCCCUAGGAUGUUCAAGCUCUCUCGUCCAGCCACUCUGGCCACCGAUGCUGUUAUCAGCGGGGGCAUGGAUGGAGCCAUUCUGGGCACGGACAUUAGCACCUUACCUGCGUCUGAACAGCCGCGGCCCCUCAGUGAGAUCUUAAAAGGAUACUACAGCUUCAGCCUGAGCGGAGAGCAGGGUCUCGAUGCGGUGACCGGCCAUGUCAGCCCGAAGAGAAGGGAGAUUUCUAGAUCAAUUCUAGAGCCGCUGGAUCUUUACAGCCAGGUGAUGGAGACGCUGGCUUUAGUCUGGAAGUUGGAAAAGACCGAGUGGAUUGCGAUGGACACUGGGGUCGGGAAGGCAGUGAAGGAUGGUUUGAAGGCGUUUGUGCACAAAUACUGGGACUGCCCUCAAAUAAUCCCUCGUUGUCAGUGGGGUGCAAAAGACUACCGGGGAACACCUGUCCCUCUGUCUCUGCCCCUCCAGUUUCUCUAUGUUCACCACACCUACGAGCCGUCCUCGCCCUGUCUCUCCUUCCCAAACUGCUCUCGUGGCAUGAGAUCAAUGCAGAGGUACCACCAGGAAGAUCGUGGUUGGAACGAUGUUGGAUACAGCUUUGUGGUUGGCUCAGACGGCUACGUCUAUGAAGGCAGAGGUUGGAAUCACCUCGGCACACACACCAGGGGGCGCAACUCCAAAGGGUACGGCGUGUCAGUCAUCGGAGACUACACCUCAAGCCUGCCCUCUCGUCACGCCAUGGACCUUUUGCGUCAUCGUCUUGUCAGAUGCGCAGUAGACGGAGGGAAACUUGAAGCCAACUUCACCAUCCAUGGCCACAGACAGGUGGUAAACUACACCACCUGCCCCGGAGACGCAUUCUUCUCAGAAAUCAGAAGCUGGGAACACUUCAGAGAAUGACAAGACAACCAUGAUAAGCUCAGCAUCCUUAAACAUUUAUGUUUCUUCAAGGAUUUGGAGAAAAGAACAGGACAAGACACAGAACUCACC